AUGAAUAUUUUUAUGAGGCACCUUGCAGCAGAGAUGGGCCAGGACCAAACCAAGCAGCAGAUAGAAAAGGGCCUUAAGUUGUAUCAGUCCAACCACACAGACAAAGCCCUCCACGUCUGGACCAAGGUGCUGGAAAAGACCUCGGAUCCUGGAGGGAAGUUUCGGGUUUUGGGAUGUCUGAUUACUGCCCACUCUGAGAUGGGAAAGUAUAAAGAGAUGCUCAAGUAUGCUUUGGCCCAGAUUGAUACAGCCAGAGAGAUGGAGGACCCAGACUUCCUGACCGAGGGCUACCUCAACCUGGCACGAAGCAAUGAGAAGUUAUGUGAUUUCCAGAAAACGGUCUCUUAUUGCAAAACCUGCUUGAACAUGCAGGGCACCACAGUGAGUUUACAGCUCAAUGGCCAGGUGUGUCUGAGCAUGGGCAAUGCCUUCCUGGGCCUCAGUGUUUUCCAGAAAGCCCUGGAAAGCUAUGAGAAAGCCCUUCGUUACGCACACAAUAACGAUGACAAGAUGCUGGAGUGCAGAGUGUGUUGCAGUCUCGGAAACUUCUACGUCCAGCUCAAGGACUAUGAGAAAGCCCUCUUUUUCCCCUGCAAAGCGGCGGAGCUGGUCAACGACUAUGGCAAGGGCUGGAGCCUUAAGUACCGUGCCAUGAGCCAGUACCAUAUGUCAGUGGCCUACAGGAAACUGGAUCGCCUGCCAGAUGCCAUGGAAUGCUGUGAGGAGUCCAUGAAGAUCGCACUGCAACAUGGAGAUCGUCCUCUUCAAGCACUGUGCUUACUAAACUUUGCUGACAUUCACCGCUGCAGAAAUGAUGUUGAUAAAGCACUGCCUCGCUACGAAUCCUCAAUGUGCAUUAUGACAGAGAUUGGAAAUCGCCUUGGACAAACACAAGUCUACUUGGGAGUAGCAAAGUGUUGGCUUCAACAGAAAGAACUAGACAGGGCCCUCGAGUCUCUGCAGCGAACACAGGAGUUAGCUGAGGCUUUAGGAAACAAGCUGUGCUCGUUGAGGGUGCACUGCCUCAGCGAGGGGAUCUUCCGCAGUAAGGAACAGCAGGAGGAACUCAGGGAGCAGGUGGUGAAGUUCCUGCAGUGUGUGGAGGAGCUGGAGCUGUACUGUGGAAUGUGCGGCGAGUCCAUCGGGGAGAAGGACCAACAGCUGCAGGCUUUACCGUGCUCCCACAUCUUCCACCUCAAGUGCCUGCAGACCAAUGGGACUAAGGGCUGUCCUAAAUGCCGUCGGUCCUCUAUGAAACCUGGGUUUGUGUGAGGGUCUAAGACAUGUAGCU